GAUAUAGGUAACAGCGAUACCCUUACAGCCACAGUGCGGACAUCACCGACAAGAUGACGACUAAUUGCGAGUGAUUCCGGGAAGCGAGACUACGUAGUACCACUGGCCCACUUGGUACGGAGGUAGAACGCGGCAAUCUGGGCUUUUGAAGGACAGCCGAGGUUUUCGGCAUGUGGGUAUUGUCGGUCCUUUUCGACACUAGGAUGUCCGGCACCUGCGAACUUCGUUCAGUUUCGUCCCUUCAACCGCUGUUUUGUUGGAUUAAUUUUGGUCAUAUUGGGCGAGUGUUUCCUUCGCAACCGGUAUCAUCGUGGUGCAUUUGGGUCCUAGUCAGAUUUGCAUCGGCGCAUCAUGCCAAAUUGUACGGCCCGGCGAUUGUACAAACUUCUAUAACGCCAUUCGCAAGCGUGUCAGGUCAUGUCAUGUCGGCACCCGGAGGAAUUGAAUUGCGAGUGGUUCGGCAAGGCGUGCAGACGUGGGUCUCGCCGCCGUGCCGCAGCCGCCGCCCAGCAUACGCUAAGUCGGCAUCGUGCGGAUCGCGCAACGACGAGCUAGGCAGUUGGCGGCAGAGGAUGAUGUCGGCUAAGCAUCGGAAUAUCGUGCAGCUGUCGUGGAGCGAGCGUCCAUCUUUCGACGACCAUAACUUUGCUUUUCGUAUAGUGCGGCCUUGGUGAAGUUUCGGCUGACUGUCAGAGCCUAUCGGCGGGUAUCUUCGCCGAAUGUGGAGCCAG